UUUUUUUUGUCGCAAAAGCACAUCUAACUUUUUUGGUUUUGUGUGAAUUGCUGUCUGCGUCUAACACGCUACUUUGGUGCUUUUUUUUUUCCACAGAGUUCACUGUAAUCACAGGUCAGGAUGAGCACUCGAGCGUACUGCUCGCUCAUUGCAGUUUUAUUGUGUCUCUGCAGAUGUUUGAGCAUAACCGAUGCUACUCGAGGACGCUCCAAAGUGACUGGUUUCUGUCCGGCGAGGCUCACGGUUGUACCGUCCCGUCGAGGAUGUUCUUCUGACAGAGACUGCUCCAGAGAACACAUAUGCUGUCGUUUUGAUCGGGGACCUGUGUGUGUGCCGCCUGUUUCCACAAAACCAGGAGAGUGUCCACCCGCCAGAAUGUGUGGAAGAUCAUGUACCAGCUCCUGUGAAAGUGACUCUUGCUGUCCAGGCAACGAGAAGUGCUGCAGCAAUGGAUGUGGACGUCACUGUACAGAUCCAUAUAUAGUGAAACCGGGUCAAUGUCCCAGACCAACGAGGACUCGAGUGUGUGAUGAAAACUGUUUCCAUGAUGGUCAAUGUCCUGCCAGACAGAAGUGUUGCCCAACGACCUGUGGCCGUUCAUGCAGUAAACCAUUGGGCCAAGGAGGCCAGGGCGGCCAGGCCAAGGAGGGUCAGGGCCAAGGAGGCCAGGGUCAGGGCCAAGGAGGCCAGGACCAAGGAGGCCAGGGCCAAGGAGGCCAGGGCCAAGGGGGUCAGGGUCAGGGCCAAGGAGGCCAGGGUCAGGGCGGCCAGGACCAGGGCCAAGGAGGCCAGGGCCAAGGAGGCCAGGGCCAAGGAGGCCAGGGCCAGGCCCAGGGGCCAGGGCCAGGCCAAGGGGGGGGUCAGGGCCAGGGCCAAGGAGGCCAGGGCCAGGGCCAAGGAGGCCAGGGCCAAGGAGGCCAGGGCCAGGGAGGCCAGGGCCAAGGAGGCCAGGCCAAGGAGGCCAGGCCAAGGAGGCCAGGGUGGCAGCCAGGGCCAGGGGGGUGGACAGGGUGGCAGCCGGGGAGUGUCCUGCCAGACAGAAGUGUUGCCCAACCACCUGUGGCCGUUCAUGCAGUAAACCAUUUGGACAGGGAAGUGGCUACGAUCACGAAAGGGGCCAGGGAUGGGGUGAUCAGGGAGGAGGCCAAGGUGGUGGACAGGGACGUGGGGGAGACCAAGGUGGGGGUGAGAGAGGUGGUCGGGGAGGUGAAUAAGUCUUUUGGCCUUUGA